AUGUGCACUAGAGUUCCUAAAGGAGAACAUUCUACUGACAACGGGGGAGAACAUUCUACUGACAACGGGGGAGAACAUUAUACUGACAACGGGGGAGAACAUUAUACUGACAACGGGGGAGAACAUUCUACUGACAACGGGGGAGAACAUUCUACUGACAACGGGGGAGAACAUUCUACUGACAACGGGGGAGAACAUUCUACUGACAACGGGGGAGAACAUUCUACUGACAACGGGGGAGAACAUUAUACUGACAACGGGGGAGAACAUUAUACUGACAACGGGGGAGAACAUUAUACUGACAACGGGGGAGAACAUUAUACUGACAACGGGGGAGAACAUUAUACUGACAACGGGCGAGAACAUUAUACUGACAACGGGGGAGAACAUUUUACUGACAACGGGGGAGAACAUUCUACUGACAACGGGGGAGAACAUUCUACUGACAACGGGGGAGAACAUUCUACUGACAACGGGGGAGAACAUUCUACUGACAACGGGGGAGAACAUUCUACUGACAACGGGGGAGAACAUUCUACUGCCAACGGGGGAGAACAUUCUACUGACAACGGGGGAGAACAUUCUACUGACAACGGGGGAGAACAUUCUACUGACAACGGGGGAGAACAUUAUACUGACAACGGGGGAGAACAUUCUACUGACAACGGGGGAGAACAUUCUACUGACAACGGGGGAGAACAUUCUACUGACAACGGGGGGAACAUUCUACUGACAACGGAACAUUCUACUGACAACGGGGGAGAACAUUCUACUGACAACGGGGGAGAACAUUAUACUGACAACGGGGGAGAACAUUAUACUGACAACGGGCGAGAACAUUAUACUGACAACGGGGGAGAACAUUGUACUGACAACGGGGGAGAACAUUGUACUGACAACGGGGGAGAAAAUUCUACUGACAACGGGGGAGAACAUUAUAUUGACAACGGGGGAGAACAUUCUACUGACAACGGGGGAGAACAUUCUACUGACAACGGGGGAGAACAUUCUACUGCCAACGGGGGACAACAUUAUACUGACAACGGGCGAGAACAUUAUACUGACAACGGGGGAGAACAUUCUACUGACAACGGGCGAGAACAUUAUACUGACAACGGGCGAGAACAUUAUACUGACAACGGGGGAGAACAUUAUACUGACAACGGGGGAGAACAUUCUACUGACAACGGGGGAGAACAUUCUACUGACAACGGGGGAGAACAUUAUACUGACAACGGGGGAGAACAUUAUACUGACAACGGGGGAGAACAUUGUACUGACAACGGGGGAGAACAUUCUACUGACAACGGGCGAGAACAUUAUACUGACAACGGGGGAAAACAUUCUACUGACAACGGGGGAGAACAUUCUACUGACAACGGGCGAGAACAUUAUACUGACAACGGGAGAGAACAUUAUACUGACAACGGGCGAGAACAUUAUACUGACAACGGGGGAGAACAUUCUACUGACAACGGGGGAGAACAUUCUACUGACAACGGGGGAGAACAUUCUACUGACAACGGGGGAGAACAUUCUACUGACAACGGGGGAGAACAUUAUACUGACAACGGGCGAGAACAUUAUACUGACAACGGGGGAGAACAUUCUACUGACAACGGGGGAGAACAUUCUACUGCCAACGGGGGAGAACAUUCUACUGCCAACGGGGGAGAACAUUCUACUGACAACGGGCGAGAACAUUAUACUGACAACGGGCGAGAACAUUAUACUGACAACGGGGGAGAACAUUCUACUGACAACGGGGCAGAACAUUCUACUGACAACGGGGAAGAACAUUCUACUGACAACGGGUGA